GCCGUGGACGGGCCCGGGGGCGCGGGCGCGGCGGCCGCCUACCGCGCCCGCCCGCGGACGGCUGGCCCGAGGGCGAGGGUGGUCGCGGAGGGUUCGGCCCAGAGGCCUGAUUGGUGGAACGCCCGGGUCCACUCCUCGCAUGUGCUCUACGCUGCGGGGCCGCGGGUGUUCUGCGCAGCGUGCUGCUACCAUGCAGCGUGGGCGAGGGUCGCGAGCCUCACAGAGCCGUGCCCGCGCCGCGCGGUGGAUAG